AUGUUAUCCGAAGAUAGUAGUGCUUCUUCAAACGGGAAUCACAUACGAAUUGCAGGGGCGGUUGCGGGAGUUGCUGUUGGCCAUGGAUUCGAUACGAUCAAAACCAGGUUGCAGGUAGCACCCAUAGGCACAUACAAGGGUGCUAUUGAUUGUUUCUGGAAAACAGUUCGAAACGAGUCUCCCCUUGCGCUUUACAAGGGGGCGCUACCCCCCGCAGUUGCCUGGGGCGCAUCAGAUUCCUUAUUGCUCGGGUCGCUGCACAACUAUCGUUUGUUUUUGAUCAGACAUGGAGUUACCGAACCCAUUCCUGGUUCCUCGGAUCCCAAUGCGAAGCGGUUGACACUGUUCGGGCAUUGGCUCGCAGGUCUAGGAGCAGGUUGGACUGGGUCAAUAUUAGCUCACCCGAUGGAGACUCUCAAAGUCAAACUUCAAAUGCAAACACAGCGUGAUGUGAAAGACCGGCAAUACAAAGGCGUCAUAGAUGUUAUACGGCAAAUCUACCUCGUUCAAGGCCCGAUGGGCAUUUGGCGAGGAUUCGCAAGCAGCCUCGUGUACCGAAGUUCGUUUUGCUGGAUGUUUGCAUCGUACGAGGUCAUGAUGCGAACGGCAUCGCUCCUCAAUGGGACACGUUUUGAGAUGUCCACACCUACUGCGAACUUCCUAGCCGGAGGACUCUGUUCAUUUGCGUACUGGGUCAUGGGAAUUCCAUUCGAUAACAUCAAAAACCGAAUUCUCGCUGCACCCCUUGAUGCGCCGAGGUUACGUUUCUGGUCCGUCGCACGAGGGAUAUAUGCCACCCAGGGCUGGAGAGGAUACUAUGCUGGUUUAAGCUUGUGUAUCAUCCGAGCAUUCCCGGUGAACGCAUGUGCCUUUUUGGUAUACGAGUCUCUGAUGCGGGCGAUGGGCGCUGAGAAGACCCGGGCAUGA